AUGACGGGCGACAAGCGCCUACGCUUUCCCUCCAGCCGAGUCCGCCUGAGCAACGGGGCCGUGAUUGACGAGCUCUUGGCUGAGGGAAAGAGGAUUCAUGGCUUCUGGGGUACCGCUCCAACGGGAAAACCGCAUAUCGGAUACCUUGUACCACUCAUCAAGAUCGCGGAGAUGGCCGCCGCUGGGAUCGAUUUUAGUAUUUACUUCGCCGACGAAUAUGCCUACCUGAUCAACUACAAACACCCCAGGGAGCUGGUGGAUUAUCGUACACAGUACUACGAAUUCCUUGUGCGGGCCAGCGUAGAAGCGUUGGGAAUCCCGCAGAUGGAAGACCACUUUGUCCGGGAGUCCGACCUGUUCGCCUCGGUGAAGCAAUCUGGUGCUGAUCUGAACCGCCUCUACACUUUGUUAUCGAUCGACGAUUCCGGUGUCUUCGCCCUGGCGGAAAGGAUUCUCCCGCACCUUGGGUAUCGAAGUCGAGCCCACCUGACAACUGAGAUGAUUCCUGGGUUAACCACGCCAAAGAUGUCCUCCUCCCAUGCCGCCGGCACUAAAAUCGAACUCCUCGAUCCAUCGGAUGUCGUUUGUAGCAAGAUAAACGAGGCAACAUGUGUCCCGGGGGUUGUAGAGGGGAAUGCUUUGUUAGCGAUCGCGAGACACAUCCUGCUGCCCCUGUGCAGGCUUCGUAUGGCCUUGGAAGGUGGACUACACCCUUUCACUGUGACCUGUACCACUGGCAAAGAUAAUGCCUACUUUAAUUACGAGGACCUAGAACAUGACUUCUUGGCCCACUCCUUGACACCGGCCGAGUUGAAGGCAUCGGUGGCAGCAGGCUUGAAUCUUGUUCUAGACCCCAUUCGCAAGAACUACGAUUCGAGCGAGGAUUGGCAGAAAGUGGCCGUACUGGCAUACCCGGAAUGA